AUGAAACGCCACGACCGCGUUACACUGCCACUUUUCUACCCUCGUCAACACGUCGCAUUGCAUCUCCAGAUCAACACCGACCUGACGUCUUGUCCAAAAGCAACCCGGUGUCUCUUCAACUGUGCCAAGCCCUCAGCCACGUCUGCGUAGGUGGGGAAACAGGUUCUCUGUUCACGACAACCGUUUGUUUUCUAUUUCUGGAGCAGAGAUCUCAGCUCAGACAUCAUUUCCUAAUAUCCGUUGACAACAGCAGACCGAGGUUGCGAUAGACAAACGUUUCAGCUUCCGCGAACAAGAGCGACAUGUCGUCGACUACAGCGAGAAAACCACCCCCGCCAGGCACGCCCGGGCGGGACUCCGCAACGAGAUCGUCAGCUUCUCCUGGUAUCGCAAACCGCACCCCUGCCCGAGCCGCUACACCAACAAGCACACCCAACGGCGUACAGAGGACACGGUCAGUCAGGUCAAGCAACACUGGCACACCCGUCUCUGCGCGUGCUGCGGUCAGGAAGCCAGGCGCGCCGUCAGCGCUCUCGUCGCAGGUCGAUGAUGGAGGUGACGACGCCCGCGAAGAAGCAGCGGCCUAUCUGCAAGAUCUAAAGGAGCGGUUACAGAAAGCCGAGUCGGAGGCAGAGGAGCGUCAGAAACAGGUCGACGUCCUCAACUCUAGGCUAGACGAUGCGCUCAAGGAACAGGCACAGCUCGAGGAGCGAGCGCACGAAGAAGAGGAGAAGGUCGAGGUGCUCGAGAACGAAAAGCGGGAGCUCACGAGGCAGCAGCGCGAAUUCGAGGGUAUCUAUGAGGCAGAGCGCGCACAGACGAUGAAGGACAAGGAAGAAGCGCAGGCUAAGGAGGAGGAAAUGCAAGAGACGAUCCAGCGGUUGAAGGAGACAAUGGCGAUGAAGAAUGUCCAGAACAGCGACGGAGAGGAAGGCCAUUUAUCACGGACAUCGAGCUUCCGCAACAAUCCCUCUCGCAACAGUUCAUCGCAAAACCUCGAAAGCUCCGGCCAAUUUGCACCUCCGUCUUCGAUACAACGAAGCAACUCCCGAAACAAUUCCAAGCUUAUCCACCAGAAGGACAAGAUCAUCGAGGGCUUGCGCCUCGAGCUAGCCGAGGUACAAAUCAAGCUUGUUGAAAUGGAAAAUGCGGGUGGAGGUCGCAUGCAAGAACUCGAGAAACAGUUGCUUGAGACCCGGAUGACUAAUGCCCGCCUCAUGGAAGAUAAUGAGAGCUUCCAACUCCUCCUCAGUGAGAAGACCCUCAACGGAGAUCUUAGUCGCGGCGACUUCUUACGCCACACGUCCCAUCCCGAGGAACGCGCCCCGUCCCGUAACGGUCCGUCCACCAGUCUUGCUGACGAACUCGAAUCCGCAGAAGGCGCUGAUGGCGAUGCCAUUCGCCGACUCGAAGCCGAAGUGAAUGGUUUGAAAGACCAGAACAAGGCUUUAACCCUCUAUAUCAACAAGAUCAUCGGCCGCCUCCUCACUUAUCAAGGCUUUGAGUCUGUCUUAGGCACGGACGAUGCUGCCGAGGGUCUUAACACUAACAAAGAACUUCCUCCACCGCCUCCAUCGAAGGAAAACGAACAGCCAUCCCUUCUGCAGCGCGCCAAGUCUGUCGCCAUGGGGGCAGGUCGGAAUAAGCCACGUCCAAUCAGUCAAAUACAAGCCCCUAGCGGAACCAGCACUAGCACUGUCAAUGAAGACCCUUCAACAGCUCCAAGCAUUCCUCUGCAGCGUUCUCAGUCCGUUAGGAUGUCCAGUGGGAGCUACUCACACCGACGCUCCACCUCUGAAUGGCCGAAUCCUGCCGCUGCCAACGUUGUCAAUAACAUGUAUCGCAACCCGCCUGCAGCCGCGGCUCCUGGUCAGACAUCUCCUGGCCUAGUGUCCCCGCGCAAUUCGUUUUUUGGUAUCCCGAUUGGGGCUAAUCAAGCAAGUAACGCUGGAUCCAGAGUCCCAUCUACCGGCGUAUCCAUUCAGGAAGAGAGGGAGGGAGAUAGUGCGUCGAGCGUCGAAGCUCCUAGCCCACCUCGACACACCAACACCUCAGCUGGCGGUGUCAUGACAGGCAAGCAAAUGCGCCCUCUGCGUCUUGUCCAGAACGAAGAAGAAGCCAUGCGAGCACGAAAGGCUGCAAAUCGGGGUUCAUGGAUUGCAGGUUGGUUCGGUGGCGGCGAGGGCAAAGGAGAAGCCGGUGCAGGUGGACCAAAUUAACCGCAUUCAGUUGGAUAGGAUAGAGGUCUUAUUAGGGAAAGGGAUGGGUUUUCCACGGGCGUAUAAGUUUCGGUACACAUACUUAAUGUAGGUAUGCUUUAUGUAACUAUGCUUUUCAAGGCUAUGAAGGGCUGGGAUCUUCUAUGUGCAUGUAUGGGCGGUGUAUGGAUCUUACUCUUUAUCAUUCCUUCCAUUUUCUAACUCUGUUUUAAACUCCCUUGAUUUUCUGGCUGCACCAAGGCUGAUUCAGCUAAUACCCAGUUGACAACCAUUCUUCUUGCAUACUUAUCUUUUGAUGUAGGAUGCACUGAUCAAGG